CAAAAAUAUCUUGAAGCGACUCAACAACCACAUUCAUCAAGAUGACAUAUCGUCGUUUACAGUGAUGGGAAUGGAUAUAAUUGGAGACAAUGCGUUCAUAUAUUUUAUAAAGCCUUACGAAGAUAUUGUAACUGCAGUCAAAACAUCUGACGAGCCAUUGUUCAUACCAAUUGACGAAGAUGAUCUACAAGAAUAUAUCUUUAGUGCAAGCCUUGACCAAUUAUUAAACUAUCAGAUAAAUUUUGAGCAUAGAAUGAAUGACACUUGAUAUCGCAUAACAUAUAAUAGCAACAUGUUGUGAGUCUUUUCCAAAAAGUGAACAGAGCAUCGAAGAAAUACAAGAGAAGACGAGCCACAGGCAAAUACACAUUAAAUCAAAAAUUUCAUUCUCCUCCCUCUUCACCUGUUCCAAAUGCAACAUUCUACACACCAAAGAGAACCACAACCACAACCAACUUAAA